AUGCUGGAUCGUUGUAACACAACAUUAUUGCUCUUUGGAUGCCUGGCUUGUCUUGUGGUGACCUCUGUUGUGAAUGCAGACGGUCGAGUGUUCAUGUUGGACCUCAGAAUCUCCUCCGGCCUGCAGGGCUUCAGAGCCGCUGAGGGGGCCUGUGCCUCUCAGCAAGCCCGCCUGGCAUCAGCAGAGGAGCUCCAUUUUGCUGUGGUGGAGUGUUUCUUCUCCCCAUGCACCCGUGGGUGGCUCUAUGGAGGCACAGUGGGGACCACGGUGUGUAAUGUUGUGGGCGGUGCACUGAAAGCAGUGGACGUGAGAACAGAAAACGGCACAGAGGACGCUGCACACCUGGACGCCUUCUGUAUCAAAGACAAAGAUGUGCUGUGCGGUGACCCUCCGUCCUUUCCCAACGCCCGGCUACAGGGGCACACUGGGUAUGAGAUGGGAGAUGAGCUGCUGUACACCUGUGUGCCAGGUUAUGCAAUACCCAGUGGACACAGUGCCUUCAGCCUGCUGUGCGACAGCUGUGGAGAGUGGUAUGGACUAGUGGAGAUAUGUGUCAAAGAUGAGAUCGAGAGUCCCGUGGACUACGAGGACAAGUUCACCGAUUCCUAUGUCGAGGCAGAGCGCCACAAUGAGAGACCAGAGGAGGGAUGGAGUCAGCUGCAGCAAGAAACAAGCUUCAGUGUCAAAUUAGAGAAGGAGCAUGAAGACCAACAUGGAGAGCCGGAUGUUGAAGGAGAGGUGAUUCUUAGACCAUUUGAAGGAGCUGAAGGAGAAGGAGAAAAAGACGAGGAGCGAGCGAUUGAGGACUUCAUAGGCCAUCCGAGGUGGGAGCAGGAGAGUCUGGAGGUAGUCAAGACUGAUGCAGCCACAGAAGCACCCGUCUCUCUUCUCUCACAAAAACACCUCUUCUGGUUCCCCUCUGAGGCCUCCCAAUCAGAGGAGAGUAAAGAGCAUGACAGCCAAGAAACGCACCACCACCAGAGUCCGGUUGAUGUUGACGACCACGAAGACGAGCGAGGCGGCUACGAUGAUCCGGACACAGAUGACAGAGAUGAUCGCCAUGACAGCAGCCAUGAAGAACCGGAUGCCCAUGACGACAGCCGCCAUGAUGAUCUCGAUGGCCACGACAGUCGCCAGGACAAAGACGACGAUCAUGUGAAGCAUUACAUUCCAGCUCAGCAUGAGGAUCUGGACAGACCUGACCUCCACGAAGAGCAUGAUGACCAUGACGACCAUGACGACCAUGACGACCAUUACGACAUGGGUGAACACGAAGACGGCCGCAGUCGUGUUCGCAGCCAGGAGGAUGAAGACACUGGCAGGGAACAUGAAAGCGAUGAAGAACAUGAAAGCGAUGAAAAACAUGACGAUGUGACCGACGAUCGAAUACAUCCUGACCCUGAUGAUCUGGAGGAGGAUGACAACCACCGUUACACUGAUCCCGAUGAUCAUGACCACGAUGACCAUGAACAUGAUGACCAUGACCACGCUAACCAUAAACACGAUGACCAUCACCACGAUGACCAUGACCACGAUGACCAUCACCACGAUGACCAUGACCACGAUGACCAUCACCACGAUGACCAUGACCACGCUGACCAUGACCACGAUGACCAUAAACACGAUGAUCAUGACCACGAUGACCAUGAACAUGAUGACCAUGACCACGCUGACCAUAAACACGAUGACCAUCACCACGAUGACCAUGACCACGAUGACCAUCACCACGAUGACCAUGACCACGAUGACCAUCACCACGAUGACCAUGACCACGAUGACCAUCACCACGAUGACCAUGACCACGCUGACCAUGACCACGAUGACCAUAAACACGAUGAUCAUGACCACGAUGACCAUGAACAUGAUGACCAUGACCACGCUGACCAUAAACACGAUGACCAUCACCACGAUGACCAUGACCACGAUGACCAUCACCAUGAUGACCAUGACCACGCUGACCAUGACCACGAUGACCAUAAACACGAUGACCAUAAACACGAUGACCAUGACCACGAUGACCAUGACCACGAUGACCAUGACCACGAUGACCAUGACCACGAUGACCAUAAACACGAUGACCAUGACCACGAUGACCAUGACAGCCAUGAAGAUGACAAUGACGGUCAUCAGCAUGUCAUCUUUUCUGCAGCAGCAGAUGAACAUCAGAACGGCACCCAGAAGGGAGCAGAAGGAGCGGUCGCCACAGAUGACACCUGGCUGGACGGCUACCCUGUCGUUCCAGAGGAAACAGAAAUUGCUGACUCCACAACAGAAAGUUUAAGACCAGAGGAUGCAGAGAGGGGGGGCGUUGUCAGGGCAACAGAUAGACCUAAUGAGGUGGAAAUCGGUGGACCGGGCCUUCGCACCACCCUACCAGAGGUGGCCGAGUCUCCCACCACAAUGUCUGCCUUAAAUCAAGGGGGAGCGGAGUGGCCUGGAGUCAUCCCCAACGCUGCCCCCUCACAGCCCUCAGACUCUCCCUCGCACUCCGACACCCUGGACUACGACACACAACAGGCAGCUCCCACCCACUUCUGGCAGGGCGACCUCACCGAGCACCCCUUCCUCGGUCACGGCCCAGUUCCACCGAUGCACGACGGCAACGACGUCGUGACGGAAGAGCACACGGUAUACAAUCUGCCCGGUGAGACGGGCGAGAGGGGGGAGAUGGAGGGAGAGAUAGGGGAGGCGAUCUGUACAGGAGACAACUGCCCUCCCCAUCCUCCGAGCUCCUCCAGCCGAGGUCCGACGGUGGCAGCGAUAAUUGUGGCGUUGUGUGCAAUCGCCACGGCGGUUAUCGUUGGGGUGUGGUGUUACCGACGGCAACAGCAGAAGAGCUCAGUGUACGAGAUGAAUGGGAAGGGCCAAAGUCAGACCAGACAGGGCCAACAGAUAGAGAUGCAGCAAAAAGUGUAAGAGUGACGGAUGUGGACAGAGGGACACUAACGGAGGAAAGAGACAUUUAGGAGGGAUGGGAAGAUUCGGGUGAAUUUGAGAGGAAAGCACAGCCCCUCAUCUUGCUAGAAAUUUGAGAUUUAGGAUAGGUGUGAAUGGAUGAGUUGUGCUACAGCCCUGUUUGGAAGAGCACCUUUGUGAUCCAGAAAAGUGCAUAAAACAGUAAGAGCUGAUGCUUAACACAGUGGAACCCGAGUGAAAUGGUGGUAGAUCGAUUUUAAGGAAUUUUAGUCAUCUGCAUUACACCGACCCAAUAUUUCAAAGCUCUGACAUGUAGCUGGACAUGUGGAGAGGUCUUGACUGGACUUAACUCCAGGAACUGAAAAAGGAGACUUUAAGGAUAUAACCAUGUAGGAAAACCACAAGAAGGCAUGCCUGCCCACCUGCAUAUAUGAACUGAGACGUCAAGGCUCUUGGACGUUAGGGUAAACGCUCUCUGUGUUACCUUAGUGUUCAUUGAUGUAGUUGCAUUGUUCUCGAUUCCCCAUCUUUCUCUCUUUGUCUCUGAGAAUUGUGUUGAUAAGAACUGUAUUCCACUUGUUACUCCAACACUUUGCAGCCGCAGAUUUGGGCAGGUGGUGACAAAAGAACAACCUGAUUCUGCCAAACCAGCAAGAACAAAAAAAAGGAUGAUGAUGAUGAUGGUGGUGGUGGUUAGACUAGAUGAAAGGGUCAAAUGAGCGGUAUAGGGGAAAUAUGUUGGAAAAUAAGUUUGUUUGUUUUGACAGUUGGCAUCAGUCGGCCAGAUUUAGCCCCUGUGAGUUUGUGUAUGUGUGUGUCUGUGUGUGUAUGAUUGUGUGUUUGUGUGUGUCUCAGGUCUGUGCAAUCCGCCGGUCAGCGGCCUGUUGUGUUUGCUGAUGGGAUUCAGACCAACCAGAUACCAAACAUUGUGGUGCUGCCAUGGAAACAUAGAAAAACUCAAAUCACAAUCCCUAAUAUUUUAGUUUUAAUUUAAAUCUGGAUUAGGCAGUUUAUGUUUGGCAUCAUUGGGCAUAAAAUCCAUAAUAUCCUUUCAGCAUAUUGUAGUUCAAGUGGUCUGAGAGAAAACUGGACUUCUGCACCGCAUGUUGAAAAGUUAUCAUGGAAUUAUUGAAUAAAAGAUGUUGCCUCCCACAUCUUUAAAGGAUUAAUAAUAGUUUGACAUAUACUGACGGUUUAGAGUGUUCAAUGAAAAAUGUAUUUAAAAAUACUAUGUGAAUUGAAGCCUAUAACUUUAGGUUAAGAUUAAGGCUUGGCGACAUGCCCUAAAAUGAUAAAGGAAAUGCUAUUUUUCAGUACAUUGAUUAAUCUUCCUUAUUUGUGUUCUGCUAUGUUUGUCCUAAUAAAAUACAAAAUGAGAAGUUUAAGCUGGACGUGGCAGGAUCUAUUAAUUUAACGCUAUUCUGUACUUCAGACAAUUUGCAAUAUGUGUACAUUUAGUUUGGGUUACAACUUUGUAGAUUUGGUUUAUUGUCCAGUUCUUGUAAAAAAAAUUGGGAUUUUAAAGUGAACUGCAUGAUUUGGUAAUAUUUGUUUUUGCUGUUUCUAUACUGUGCCAAAUACUUGAGAACAAAGGUAAAAUGUUAAAAUAGAAAAGCUGAUCAAAAGAAUUGUAAAUACAUUCAACUAUCCAUAAAAGGGUUUUCACUUAGAUAUUGAAGUUUGUAGUCCUGGUGAUGUAAAAAGACAACAGAAAGUAUAGAAAUAACUUAUAGAAAGUGCUUCAAUUGUAAUAAAUGUAAAAUGUGGGGAUGGCGCUUCAUGAUGUAAUGAUCGUUCAUUCUUUUUUGUCACAUUCAGUGUUUUCAGCUGAUUCCUAAAAAAAAAAAAAUGUCAUGGUGUUUGGGUAACAUAUUUAGUUAUGAAACACAUGUUUGUUGAAUUUGGACAGGUUAAGUGAAUAACAGCUAUUUUGAUUUUCUCAAAAUAUUUCAGCAACUUUUUUUGAUUUCCGUAUUUUGGUGUCUGAAACUGAAUUGACAACUAAAGUCUUGAUGUGCCGAGAGCAGGGGGAGUAUAGCAUCUGCACGUGUGUGUAAAUAUGAAUCUUUAACUGUAAGAAUUUGCUGUUCAUAGUGAAGCAUCACUGGUGUGUGGGGAAAUAAAUACAGUCAUGCACAUUUGACAUUACCUCUUCAUGUCUUUUACAGCACAUCUUCACUUUAGACAAAAUGCCCUUUACAACUCUUUGUUUUACUCAAUAGCAUGAAUUGUAGAUUAUCGAGUAAUCCCACCAGGUUUGCCACAUGAUCCACAAACACUGAUCAUCAUCAUUAAGACUUGUAAAAUACGGAGACUGGUUUUGGGUUUGGGGCCGAUGUGCAAAAAUCAUAACAAAUUAUAAAGAAAGCAAAGGACUCUUAUUGACAUGGUGCUUAUAGUUUUCCAAGUCUGUUUCUUCUUCAUCUCAAACAGCGUGAUGUGUGUGAUGUCAGGAAGAAAUGUGUACUGUAUUUGUGUCACAAUAAACUUCUAAACAUGUGGUAUCAACUCUUCACACCUACAUUUAUUGUUGCAAGGCCGUGGUCUAGAUCUAUCGUUGCAUGGUCUGUUGUUUGUCAUUUACUGUCUACGUUUGUGAUCAACUUUUAAUAUUAGGAUGUGACUUUGACCUGUGACCUUGACUUCUGACAAUCAGCCCUUUAUGUUACCUGUUACCAAGACGUUAAGCCCCUAUUUCUUUGUGAUGUUUCCCAGAAAUGUAUUAAAAGAAUGAGGAAGGAUGUUUAAAGAGAAGAGGAUUGAUGAAAGGCGAAAAUUGGCUUGGGAGAAGAAGCGGGAAUAAAAGAGACAGGUAAAUACAGCCAGGAGAGAAAUGAGCACGCAGUCACAGACGAACAGUAACACAGCGAGAAUGUUCCCCAGCGGGUUUUUUACAUCACCGUGUGACAAACUGCACAGAGACUCAAUGUUCAAACAUUAUUAAACAACUCAGUGUUUCUCUGCUCAGCACAGCCCGGACCUCGCAAACCUCCUGCUGAACCAGGACCCCAAAUAUCAACGGACUGAAACAGAGUAUUAAUCGAUUGAUCAAUUCAUUAAUAAUUUGGGUAAUUUUUCAAGCACAAAAACUAGAUCAUUCCCUGGUUUCAGCUUUUCAGUUGUAAUGAUUUCCUGUUUUGGUCUUGUGUAAUAGGAAGUUGAUCAUUUUAUGGUUGGACUGGAAAAGCCUACCUUAUAGGUUUUAGGAUAUUGUGACAAGUAUAUUUAUCUAUUUACUGACAACAAUUAAGCAUAUUAGUUACU